AAGAAAAGCAAACUCAACAGGCAACGACACGAAAGAUUAUCGUGCAAAAAGCGUGCCUCAUUCUUCAUCUCGCUGACAGAUGAAAAUACUUCCUCAAAAAGUAUCGAGUUUUCAUUGGAUGGAUUCAUGAUUGGAUGAUAUUUUUAGGAAACAUUAGUUCAGCUUUUCAGUUCUGACUUGGAGAUGAACAUGCAAGGUUUUGUAUUCGUAUUUCUUGUGGUUGCUGCCUUCAGCUUGUCGUCCCCUUGCCAUGGGUUUUGCGGAGAUAGAAAGCUAAAUGGUGAUCUUGCACGUGCAGCCGCUCAAGGCAACGAAUUUAUUCGUUCAAWACUUGCUGACAAAAAAGCUAUGACAUUUGACUACAUCCGUGCCGCAGCUUUUAGCACUCUUCGUUUGGGGGGCUUUACAAUUGAUAUGCUCUCUAGUCUGGGUAUGGCAGACCUCGGUARAGACAUAAAGAAGCUAGGGCUUAACAACAUCACAACUGGACGGAUUGCUUACUAUGUACAAGGGGUUCAGGCCAUCUGUAARGAUCCCAAGUCUUUSAAUGGUUAUGACUUAAUAAAGCGUCUAACGGAUGGAAUAAAAGAGUACUCUGUAGCCGGGUUUAACCACCCUUUCGCUUACAGUCUUGUUGUUUUGKCAUUGUGUGACAGUGGUCAUGCAUCGCAAUCGUAUCAUAAUUACACUCUGAUGAUAAGGAGUAUGAUUCAAAAACRUCUCCGUAAUCAUCCGACACACGGCGGURAUACGCUUUCCUUGGCCACAAUGGCGCUGACAUGUAUGUACAACAAACAGCCUCAACCCAAGCCGUGCUACUGGUGGUGCGACGAUAGAAGGAAAAGCCUGAGAAACGUGCUAAARAGAACCAUUAGGUACGCGGCAUCUGCGUUGAAAAGAAGCCAGAAAAGUGAUGGUAGAUUUGGUAACAGCAUAACCACUGCAUUGGUUUCACAGAAUAUCACUGUAUGUGUUAAAGUGGAAUUCCUAACAACACCAACUAACGGUACUGCCCCACCUAAUCCUGCCCCUGUCACCGUGACAGUCCUCAACCGUACAAACGCCUAUCACAUCACAAAAGAGGCGAGUAAAUUACAUCCCUGUUACAAGUUCACCACCGUAAUGACGGCUUAUGGAAAUUCCAUCACGUCGAUCUGUGGGGUGUACAAGGAGCCGGCCAACAAAAAGUACUGGAUGAUCUUCUCUGCUCCAAACACUUCAUCAAAAACAGGAGUCGACAACUUUUAUCCAAAGGACGGAAGCUGCGUCAUUUACAAGUUCAAGAAACUGAAUUUCUUCAAAUAAGAUAUCGAAACAAGGCAAAGUAACUAAUCGUCACGGCAAAGAAACAUAAAUGUAGUGCAUUAUUAGAGCAAUAAAUUAAAGCAAAGUGAA